UUCUAGGAACCAAACACGGCUUGAUUUGAUCUGAGAGUCGAUUUGUCUAGGGGGGCACAGAGAGAAACAGACAAUUCCAUGCAAAAGGUUAAUCAUUAAUGAGCUGCUAGUCCUCACUACUUACUGGCGACAAGAGGGCCCCUUCCGUCCCUCCACCCCUGGGAACCAGCUUGGCCUGGCGUCUGUGGGCAAAGGCGCCAUGAGAAGCCGCCUGGCCCUUCCGCUGCUGCUCCUUCUCUGCGUCCUCCUUGCUGAAGGGAAGCCCGAGGGCAGGAGGGGGAAAGGCUCCCAUCGGCAGCUGCUUCCCGUGAGGAGAGGCUCUUCCCGCUUUGAGGCCAAGUUCCUGCUGUAUUCCAACAGGGCGGAGCAGGGCUGCCUGAUUGAGCCCGGCCAGGAGGAGGCGCUCAAGCAGUGUCCCUUCAACGCCUCCCUCCCGCUGGUGAUGAUCAUCCAUGGGUGGUCGGUGGACAGGACACUGGAACGCUGGAUUUGGAAACUGGCCGAAGAGCUCAAAACCCAACUGCCUGACACCAACGUCAUCAUCACCGACUGGCUCUCUCUAGCACACGCACAUUACCCCAUUGCGGUGCAGAAUACGCGGGACGUCGGCCAAGAGAUCGCUCGCUUCCUGGAAUGGCUGGAGGAAACCGUGCGGUUCCACCGGAGCAAGGCUCACCUGGUGGGGUACAGCCUGGGGGCCCACGUAGCUGGCUUUGCCGGCAGCUCCAUGAGAGGCAACGGGAAGAUUGGCCGGAUCACCGGCCUGGACCCUGCCGGCCCCCUCUUUGAGGGCAUGUCCCCCACAGACCGGCUCUCGCCAGACGACGCUGACUUUGUGGACGCCAUCCACACCUUCACCCAGCAGCACAUGGGCCUCAGUGUCGGCAUCAAGCAGCCUGUGGCGCACUUCGACUUUUACCCCAACGGCGGAACUUUCCAGCCUGGCUGCCACAUCAUGCACGUCUACAGCCACAUCGUGCAGUACGGAAUCACAGGGCUGACCCAGACGGUGAAGUGCGCCCACGAGAGGUCCGUCCAUCUCUUCAUCGACUCCCUGCGGUACAGCCAGAAGCAGAUCACAGGCUAUUGGUGCAAGAACAUGGAGAUGUUUGACAAGGGACGCUGCCUGGACUGCCGGGCCCACCGGUGCAACACCCUGGGCUACCACAUUCGGAAGGCCAGGAUCCCUGGCAGCCAGAGGCUCUUCCUGAAGACCCAGCCUCAGAUGCCCUUCAAAGUUUAUCACUAUCAGUUUAAAAUCCAUUUCAUCCACGAAUUCCAAGAACCACGAAUUGAUCCAACGUUCACUAUCUCGCUGACUGGCAACAAAGAUGACGUGGAAAAUCUCUCCAUCACUUUAAUCGAAGGCAUCACUCAGAAUAAAACCUACACUUUCCUUGUUCCUCUGGAUAUUGAUAUUGGAGAGCUGAUGAUGAUCAAACUGAAGUGGGAAGGGACGGCCAUCUGGGAAAACAUUUGGGACACUUUCCAAACCAUCAUCCCUUGGAGAAAGGGGGACCGUCGGCCAGGACUCAUCGUGACCUCCAUCCGAGUCAAGGCGGGAGAAACCCAGCAGAAAAUGACAUUCUGUUCUCAGCGGGUAGAUAAUUUGCACCUCUAUCCAGGUCACGAGAAAAUGUUUGUGAGAUGUGAAGUCAGUUCCCAAAAGCUGAGAUGAGAGUAUGGAUGAUAAGCCGGCGUCUGAAAAAGCUGCUCCGGAGGGGGGAGGCGUCUCUCCUUAGAAAAAGGAAAGAAGAAAGGAACCCUUUUUUUCUACAGACACACCAACGUGAAACCUAAGAAAAGGGAUGGAUCAGGAUGUACUGUAAACUGUAUACAUUAAAGGUUAGAUUGAGUAAACAAAUAAAAAGUGAAUAAAAAGCUGAAACUAAA